GAUUCAAAAAUAAAGUAAGGGUUCUUUUUGGUAUGAUAUUUUUCAUUUCCCCAUCAAUUCAAGGAUGCCCAUCUGGGUGGUAUUCUUCCAUAGGGUUUUCAUCCAAAAAUUACACGGUCAAAGGAAUUCAGGGGAAAUAGCUUUCCUAGGGAAGUUUUCUCAAUUGGGAUACCAAACAUGAGAUUCAUACAUGCCCACCUUCACUUCCCCAGCAUUCUGAAAAUAUACCUCUUACCAAACACCACCUGAAAGAAACCCUCAUUCAUUCGAUUCUCAAUCGGCUUUGAAUUUUUGUUUUUGAUAGAUUAGGGUUUUGAGGGAGCGAUGGCUAUUGCAGCCCCAGGGCAACUCAACGUGAAUGAAUCCCCCACUUGGGGAUCCAGAAGUGUUGAUUGCUUCGAAAAGUUGGAGCAAAUUGGCGAGGGCACAUAUGGUCAGGUUUACAUGGCUAAAGAGAACAAAACUGGUGAAAUUGUUGCUCUGAAGAAAAUACGAAUGGACAAUGAGAGAGAGGGGUUUCCUAUAACUGCUAUACGAGAAAUCAAAAUUCUAAAAAAACUACACCAUGAAAAUGUGAUCAAGCUGAAAGAAAUUGUGACUUCUCCAGGCCCUGAGAAAGAUGAACAAGGGAGACCUGAUGGUAACAAAUAUAAAGGUGGCAUCUAUAUGGUCUUUGAAUACAUGGACCAUGAUUUGACAGGUCUUGCUGACCGACCUGGGAUGAGAUUUACAGUCCCCCAAAUUAAGUGUUACAUGAGACAGCUUUUGACGGGGCUUCACUAUUGUCAUGUAAAUCAAGUACUUCAUCGUGAUAUUAAAGGCUCAAAUCUUCUUAUAGACAAUGAAGGAAAUCUGAAGCUUGCAGAUUUUGGACUGGCACGAUCAUUUUCUAAUGAACACAAUGCAAAUCUUACAAAUCGUGUCAUUACAUUAUGGUACAGACCCCCUGAGUUGCUGCUAGGGACAACAAAGUAUGGGCCAGCUGUAGAUAUGUGGUCUGUUGGGUGCAUCUUUGCUGAGCUUCUUCAUGGGAAGCCGAUCUUUCCUGGAAAAGAUGAGCCAGAACAAUUAAAUAAAAUAUUUGAGCUGUGUGGAGCACCAGAUGAAGUGAAUUGGCCUGGGGUUUCUAAGACACCUUGGUAUAAUCAAUUUAAGCCAACAAGGCCAAUGAAAAGACGUCUGAGGGAAGUUUUCAGGCAUUUUGAUCGUCAUGCUCUGGAAUUGUUGGAGAGGAUGCUGACACUUGAUCCAGCUCAGGUAUCAUUUCUUCACUUGUGGGUCUGA